GUCGGUCAGGACAUGAAAGCAGCGCACACAGCGCGUCACGUGCUUGAGUGGGUGAGGCGGAAGUGUAAACUCUUGUCUUCCUGUCUCAUCCCGCCCCUCCUUCGCUCGGAUACAGUCAGCGAUACCGACUGGAGCUGGUGCUACUGAGGCCCCCUGAGUCCGACUGGCUUCAACAAUUAGUCCCUCAGGACAGCAAUGGAUGACAGUGGAGCCAGUCAGUGGCCUGGGCCAGGCAGAAGACCCUCCAGUCCCUCCUCUGGUACACCCAUGGGUGCCAAGGGACCAGCGGCACAGAGUGGUCAAAGGCCCAAAGUAAAGAUAACUCCCUUCCACUGCUCACCUAUAGCCAGCAGUGAUGGAGCUCUCAGCAGCAAACGACCAGGAGCAGCUUCUGGGAAAAAUCUGGUAUCUCCUCAUGACAGUCUGUUUCUGGACACAUUUGACUUGCUGUCUGCUCCACCUGUAAGAGGGAGACUCGCUGCUGCUGCUGGGAGCUCAGGGGAGCCAACUCCAAGUUCAGGCUCUGCACUGGCCACAACAGGAGAAAAGGCACGGCCUGUCUGCAGGAAGGCUGUGAAGUUAAGCACGGAGCUUCGUCACACCCAGAAAAGCAAAGGAAAAGAGAGGAGCGCUGUCUCCACCUCCAUCAAGCCUCAGUGCGUUGUGAAGAGGAAGAAGAGGAAGAUGGGAAUGUACAACCUGGUCCCCAAGAAGAAGGCCAAGGCCCUUAAACAGCAGGACAAGAAAGAGGAGCCAGCACCCAUUGUGGAGGAGACAGAUGAGAAACCAGUGAUUCUACCAGAGACUCGGAAGGCCGAAGUACCGACAGCCGUCAGGAAUGAAUUGUUGAUGGAGUUGGAACCUGGGGAAGGUUGCCAUAUUGAAUACACUGAGCUGGCGUUGGACUGUCUGGAUCUGAAAGCUCAGGAAGAGCUGCUCUCCCCUCCCCUGUCAGCUGAGGUAACAGGAACAGACUUGGUUGAGGAGUUACCACUGUGCUGUUGUCGUAUGGAGACUCCUUACAGCGGAGGCAGCCUGGCCACACUGGAUCAGACCUGCAUGGCCAUGGAGAGCAUGGAUGGAAUGAUUUUCUCUCCACAGCUGAGUCUUUGCCAGAGGCGAGUGAUGAAGCAGGAAAUGAUGCGACCUUCCAACACGGUCCAUCUGCUGGUUCUGUGUGAGGACCACCGGGCCGGCAUGGUCAAGCACCACUGCUGCCCUGGAUGUGGACUCUUCUGCAGGAAGGGCACCUUCAUGGAGUGCAGGCCUUACGGCAGCAUCUCCCACCGCUUUCACCGCGACUGUGCCUCCAUCUUGAAGGAUCUCAGGUUUUGCCCCCACUGCGGAGAGGAUGCCAGCGGGGCGAAGGAGGUCACGGUGGUGAAGGCUGAUCCGUCUCCCUCGUUACCCAGAUCAAAACCAGGGCCGUCACUUCCAGCUGUGGCCACACUGCCAUCAGUACCAACCAUGCCUGCUGUUCCACAGAUACUCAGAGCUAAGAAGACCAGCGAACCACAGAGGAGCAGAGAUGAGAGCCCGAGCAGCAUAAAGAGCAAGGCUGUGUGUGCCGCAGAUAGACUACCUAAAGAGUCCCUGGAAACCAUCCUGAUGGCACUGGAUGAUGAGAACCUCAAACCAAAGAAAGCGAAGUACCCCACGAGACAGCUGUACAUUUCUGCAAAACAAGGAGAGCUCCAGAAGGUCAUUCAUCUCCUAGUUGAUGGUAAGGACCCCAACUUUUUGAUAGAGGGCCAAAACAAAGUCACCCCUCUUCAAGCAGCAGCUGCUGAGGGUCACCAGGAGAUCUGCCACAUGCUGGUCCAGGCUGGAGCCAACCUGGACAUGUUUGAUGAGCAGCAGAGAACACCACUGAUGGCAGCCUGUGAAAACAACCACCUGGACACAGUGAAGUACCUGCUGAGAGCUGGAGCAGCAGUCAGCCACAAGGAUAUCAUGGGUUUCACCUGUCUACAUCUGGCAGCUAAACUGGGACAUUAUGAUAUAAUCCAUCAUCUGCUCUCCAAGGCAUCCAAAUACAUCAACUGUCAGGACGACGGGGGAUGGACUCCCAUCACCUGGGCCAUUGAGUACAAGCAUAAGGAGCUGGUCCACCUGCUGCUGGCCAGAGGGGCUGAUGUUAACAUCAGAGACAAGGAAGAGAACGUCUGUCUGCACUGGGCGGCUCUUUCGGGCUGUGAGGACGUCGCCCAGGCUCUGCUGGAGGCUCGAUAUGACCUCAACGCUGUCAACGUUCAUGGUGACUCACCGCUUCAUGUUGCUGCCAGAGAGAACCACCUGGAGUGUGUGAUGUUGUUUCUGUCUCGUGGAGCUGACGUCAAUCAGAAGAACAGGGAGGGAGAGACAGCUGUGGACUGCUGCGUCUACGGCUCCAAGGUGUGGACGUCCCUCAACACCAACAAGAAGCUCACUGAUGCCCGGAGAGGCAGGGACUGUCAUGGAGAGAGAGUGCUCAGCAGGUCUGACACCGUGUCACCUCCCCCAUGGAAAAUCGACAAGGACAUCACUCAUUUACAGCACUGCAGCUGUACGGACGACUGCUCAUCUAGCACCUGCAUGUGUGGUCAGCUUAGUCUGCGGUGUUGGUAUGACGGCGAGGGUCGACUACCACUUGACUUCUGUCAGAGGGAGCCCCCCGUGCUGUUUGAGUGUAACCACGCCUGCUCCUGCUGGAGGACCUGCAGGAACCGAGUGGUCCAGAACGGACUCAGAGCCCGACUGCAGCUCUUCAGGACACAAAAGAUGGGCUGGGGAGUGAGGGCCAUGCAGGAUAUCCCACAGGGAACAUUCAUUUGCGAGUAUGUUGGGGAGAUCAUCACUGAUGCAGAGGCUGAUAAAAGGGAGAAUGACUCUUUCCUCUUCACCCUCGACAAUAAGGUGGGAGACGUACACUGUAUCGAUGCAAGACUCUUUGGAAACAUUGGUCGCUUCAUCAACCAUCUGUGUGAGCCCAACCUGCUGGCUGUGAGGGUGUUCACCAUGCACCAGGAUCUACGCUUCCCCAGGAUCGCUUUCUUCUCCAGCAGGUCUAUCAAAGCUGGAGAGCAGAUAGGGUUCGACUACGGCGAUCACUACUGGAGGUUGAAGAGAAAGUACUUCAGCUGCCAGUGUGGGUCUCUGAAGUGUUGCCACUCAGCUGGCAGCAGAUAGAAACUCACUGAUGACCACUGAUCCCUCUUUCUGCCUGGACACAUUCUGUCGCUUUGACCUCUUUAAUGUCAGAAACACUGUCUUCUGAACCAGAUACCACGCAAGAGUGAUGCUUUCAUUACAGAAACACCAAUAAGAUUCUCUGGUAUUCACUUGAUUUCCCAGUUUUGAUGCAACCAAUGAAAAAUAAGCAUUGUGAAAAUGUGUCAUCUCAGAGCACAGGAUCUAACUUAUUUAUACACCUAAUGUAACUUUUCUACAUGAAGAACGCUGCAGCUUGCCACCAGCCAGAAAUACUGUAUGUGAGAGUGGGUUUAACUAGCAAAUAAUCAGGUUCAAUGGUUUUAACAGAUGAUUUUAACAUUUAUGGACUACUUUUAAUACUGCUUAAUACAAAGUGGUAGUAUUUGUAGAUUAAUGAAGUGAUGUAAAGUGUUGGUAAUCUGAUCUCUUCUAUGAACAUGCUUUUUACUACAUGUCUAAUUAUCAAUUAAACAUAUUUUAAAAGCAUC